CGAGACGUUAUGGUAGUCCUCCUUUUACUUUACAUGAGACAUGAACCACCUCCAUAGGCGGCGCGCCGAGGAUUCUACAACGAAUGCGUGGCAGUAGGAUACCUCUGGUAAACGAGCCCCGGCCUCGCCAUGGAGCCUAUACAGCUAUGUUUCGUCGAGGGCCGUCCACGCAAGCAAUCGCAACGGGCAAAAGAACUGGUGUACUCGACCAUCCGAGCGCACAACGCUAAAGUUGCUCACGCGAAACGGAGCAAGAAUGCCGCGGCGCAAACCGUCGGACCGCCGUCAACCUCGACGGAGCCGUUGAUCACUCGUUUUCGCAUAGCUCCCUCCUCUGGGCGUGAUCGAGAGCGCCAACCGGCGGAAGAUGAGGAAGCCUUGAAGCGGGCUCGAGAUAUCGCUCGUGCAGCACAGAUGGGCCACUUUCGGGGCAAGCAGUGGCUCUACGCCAUGUUACACCGGCAAUGGAUGGACGCGAUAUGGACUCCGUUCUCGCCUCAUGUUCCGAAGCACAUUGCAAUAUACCAGCAAAUGAUUGUACCCACGAUCCAGCUCGCGUUUGAAGUAUUUCACGUCCGCAAUACUCACAACUACGAAUUUCUCCUGUGGAUGACGCGACCCACGACGUCGGGCUACCAUGCCGGGGCGGCCGGUCUGCAGCUUCUGUAUGACCAGCAGGUCUCACCUGGCUGUGGACAAACCCGACAAUGCCUCUCCCAUAAGGUGCAAGCGUCUGCAAUCUUGAGAGAGACCUUGUCUCAGUCACCGACCAGGGUGCCUGACGACGAAUUACUCGUUAUCUUGUCUUUAGCAACGGUGGAGCGAACAGUGGAUUUAGAGGUUCACCAGUAUCAUCUCGAGACAUUGUCAAAGAUUAUUACCGCCCAGGGUGGCAUGCAUCUGGUAGCCGAUCACCCUCAAUGCACAAUUCUGCAGUUCGACGCAUGGUGGAGCUUGUCAACCGGACUCCGAUACUUCUCUUCGCCGCUGUCUCUCCCACAACCUGAAGCCGAGCCAGAAACACUCUCCGCUCGAUUUCGGGACCAAAUUCGCGAAGUGCCCAUGGGCUUCCACCACUUCAUUCUGGCUGGGAAAUGGUCCCUCAGCACCGUCGAGAUUCUCAUCCGCCUCGCAUAUGUCUAUCACAGGGGCAAGCUUGAAAGGGACGCGGCAGGCCGCAUCGUCGGCCUCCCCAACACGGCUCGACCGGUCUGGCGAACUUUCCAAGAGGCGUGUCCAGCGCUAGACGCGCCGGGCGCGAGCAGGGAGAAGCUGCUGGCAUUGGCGCUGGUCUUGUACUGCGGGAUCGGCUUCGACUCGGCGCCCGUAUCGAGCAAUGGAGGUCUGGCGUCGAGGGGGGCGCUUACCAAAAUCCUCACUGCGGACGAAUUGCCGUCCGAGUCGCCGGAAGAAGAGUCCUUUCUCUUUUGGGUGUGGAUGGUGACGAUAUGCGCGUGGCACAACGCCUCGGGCAGCGGAUUCUUGCCGCCCGGCAUCGACCUGCUUCUGAGGCUGCGCCGGAGAUUCGCAGAUGUCGAGGACUGGAAGGCUGCGAAAGAGAUACUGGAGGGGUUUUUCUGGAACGAGAAGCUCAGCGAGCUGUGCAGGCUCAAGUUUGAAGAAGCUCGAUCUUGAUGGUCCUUGGGAGCACCUAAUGGGCUGUCCUUAUUCUUAUAUUCCAAUCCUUGACGGUCUUCUACAAAGUGCGUUCGGCCUUGGGAACGAGCCCCUCGUUUCAAGUGUAGCUUGAAGGUGCCGUAGCCGUUCUAACUUUAGCAACACUGCUUCAGGAAUAGCUCCAGCAAAGCGAGGCGCAUAUAUUAAAACUUGUGAUACCCUCAGCCUGAUCAAGAA